UCCCUCUAACUUCAAAAGUCUCCCUCUAUCUCCCCCUCUAAAAAAGAAGCCCUAAAAUUCUCUGUAGGGACUUUGGGUUUCAGUUUGAUUUCAUAUAUUUAAUGUAAACUAUGAUAAGCAGUAAUCAUCAGAUAGAUUUACCCGAUGGUCUUGAUGAGGCUCAUGUUAACCCACAGAGCGGAACAUCUAAUGGAGAUACUACUGGUGAAGACAUUACACCAAGUUCUAGUGACAAUAUGCUAAGGUUGGAUGACUCGUAUAUUCAAGAAGAUGGCAAUAUUGGUACCGUCGAAAAGAAGAAAAAGAAGAAGGCAUCAAGAAUCAUUGGAUGGGGACUGAGACGGUUCAGUACAAUUGUUUGUCGGAAGGUCCAGGCAAAGGGAAGAACAACAUACAAUGAGGUUGCAGAUGAAAUCAUAGCAGAAUUGUCAUCUGGGUUGUGUAUCCUUGAGCAGUUUGACGAGAAGAACAUUAGGAGAAGAGUCUAUGAUGCCUUCAACGUUCUCAUUGCUAUAAAUGUUAUCGCAAAGGAUAAAAAGGAGAUAAGGUGGAUAGGCUCUCCUAUUACAAAAACUGAGCAAGUCAAACACCUAGAGGAAGCGCACGUGAAUAUGAUGAGUAGGAUACAAACAAAAACAAACUACUUAAGAGAACUGGAACGCCAACUUGUGGAUUUGCAAAACCUUAUGCUGCGGAACCAGCAAUUGCACCAAUCAGGAAAUGUUGCUUCUGAAGGCAUUCAUCUGCCAUUUGUGUUGGUUCGAGCACAUCGAAAGGCUACUGUGGAGAUUGAGAUAUCUGAAGACGCACAGUUGGUGCAUUUUGACUUUAACGAAAGUCCAUACAGUUUAUAUAAUGAGCAAGCCAUCCUCAAAAUGAUGAGAUGCCCACAUGUAGUUGAACCGGAGCAGACAUACAGGAAUUCAUCAAUAGAAUCUCUCAUCAAUGACCAAAGCAGCAGACCAUUGAAAUCAUCUUUGUUUUCGUGGAACUCUGAGAUGAUGAGCAUGAAGAAUUAAAAAAAUACGACUUGCAACUGUUGGCAUAUAAUAGAGGAUUUCGCGUGAUCACAAUGUGAAGCGAAGAGGUUCUUGUUGUUUCCUUCUCUCUUGUAUAUGUUGGAAAAUUGUGUCUGAUAACUGAUGUUUUAGUUUCUACCUAACACUGUUGACGGGAUACUCUUUUUUCUUGCUAACGAGGACAUAUUAAUGUCCGUUACAAAAAGAAAAUGUUAAAGCAUCCAUAUUGUGUAGAUCAUGAGAAUCAAACUCAAAAAGUUCUUAGUAUUGUCUUUGACAUCUAAUCUAAUGAGUAUGAUUGGUCUCA